AUGGAUUUCUGUCUUUUGAGGGCCUCGUACGGCAACGAUAUUCUCGCGCAGCCGACGGAGGAGACGGUCGAAACUGUGGAGUUUUCGGACGGCCUUUUAACUCCCGAAGAAGAGCAAGAGGCGCAUUACCCCUUCGUGGACGCGCCGAUGAAUCUGCUCAUCGACCCGGCACCCCUGCGAAAAGAAAUGGGAGCGCGCCAAAGGCGACGCCUCUCUCUGCUCCGGCGUAUCGCCGACUCUGCGCUCUCUCCAGAGGCUCUGCAUGCACCCCACGCGCCCCCAAAGGCAGACUCGGGAAACGCAGAGGAGACAGCCGCGGCAGACGGCGGGGUCGAGCGCCCAGAGGUCGACCCUGAACCCCCAGAUGUGAGAACCGAUUUAGUUGAGCUCGAUCGCUUUUACCCAGGCUUGGGGCCUUGGCCUUCGACUGCUUUGCUGCAGCGUCUCAAUGCCACGUACGACCGUCUUCCAGGCACUCUGCACGAGGAUUCCAACCCGCAGCUCCACUACCGGACGGAAGUGAAGACCAUCGCAGAAGCACAACUCGAAUUCGAGCGCUGGCGGCCUCGGAUGGGCCUCGAUCGCCUCUACUGGGUACUGGAGGCCGACGAGGAGGCGCAACUCCCCGAUCGAUUCCGGAAGCGCUACAAGGCAGUCCGCCGACAGCUUCUGCCGCCUCCGCGGCAGCAAUUUGCAAACUGGCUCGGCGAGAACUACGUGUCGCCCGACGAGCCGCUCCCUGAGGUUGGAAUUCCUGAAGAGGAGGAAGAACACGCAGUCACACCGUUCAUGCUGCGAUUUAUGGAAUCUUCGUACACGUACACCCCUCCCCUCUCGCCGAUCGACGGCGAAGUGGAUAUGUACGACGAUCCUCCUGAUGCGCCGUGGCGUCGUCGCGUCGAGAGCAAAAUCAGACGCGCCGUCGAGUGGGGCUUUCCAGAGCGCGUGAGGCCGUACCGCACAGGCUUCACAACUUACGACAUCAGUUGGUAUGCCGGAGUCUUGGACGUUGUGGUCAUGAUUCUUCCUGGGCCUUCUCCCCCUGCCGCGAAGAUUCUUUCUCUCCAGGAUUUGAAGCGCUUCCGACAGCUCCUUGGGGAUAUGCUGGAGGAACUGGAAGACAAAGAGCAGCUCUACGUAACGAAGAACCACCAGGUUGUCGUUUCUUCGCUCCCCUUUGGGGCGGAACGGAGGCUCCUCUGCUGUCGAAAAGACUUCAACCUCUUUGCGGGGUCAGAGUGCACGUUCGUGUUUGAUCGCGACGCCUCCGCCAUCCUCAACCCGAUUUCCGACGAGGAGACGGCGGCACUGCUUCUGGACGAAUGCGCGCAAACAGUUUCUUCUGCUCGCCAAAAUCUCCUCCCGCACGAAAAGGCGCUUUUCCCUCAAGACUUCUCCCUCAAGACCGACGCCGCAGUCCGAGCCGAGGCGCUGCGCGAACUGCAUGCAGCCGUCGCGGCCUCUGCGCUCGACGGCCCUCCAACGCCGGCGAGAGACGGCGCUGGAAAGGAGGGAAGCCGCGAAGAGAAAGGCAACCCCGGCGAGCGUGGCGUCGGCGCAGCGACAGCCAAAGAUCGAGGGCAUUUCCUCGCGGAGUUUCUCGGACGGAAAGGCGAAAUUCUCCAAGGGUACCUCUUAGGGUCCCCCAACCCCGCAGUCAUGGUAAUCGCCGUCGGUGGCAAAGUCUGCUUUGUCUCCCACGACCACGUCAAGAAAGUUUACCGCGCCUCGCCCGUGGUUUCCCCGUGGUCCUCGCGUUCCUCGGCUGUCGACGGCGACUUCACUCUGCGCUCGUCCUUCGAGUCGCCGCGUUCGGAAAGGCGAGGAAGGUUUGCUUCGCCGCUGGAGCCGCCAGACGGGCGCGGGGCGCGUGCGCGCGGCCGGAAGGCCCCAGCGGGCUCUUCAGGCGCGGCGAGUGGUCGAUCGCUGGUUUCGCGCGAAGACGAGGCGGAGGCGGAAGACGCCGGAGACACUCGCGAUCUGUUCGACUCCGGUCGGAGUGCUGGCGUGCACGAAGAGGAAGGCGACGCCUUCGACGUGGAAGACGAAGUGCCCGACGGCGAGGAUUUCGGAGACCCGGAAGAGGCGAGUCCCUUCGAGCGACCCGACGAGGCCGAGGAGACGCGAGACGAGUUCGACGAACCCGACUACGAUGCGUACGAGGAAGGCAGCGACGAUGAAGAGUGA